AUGCAGGCGAAGAAGCGAUACCUGCUGGUAUCUGUGGGGGCCUGUAGCCUGCUACUAGCCUACCUGUGUGGCCUACAAAUCGGUGAGUUCCACAACCAGAACCAUGCCGAGCUUUACAGAGUCUCACAGAUCGCCGGUGUCCCACCUCGGCCGCCCCGCUGGCCGGAAUGGGUGGAUCCUCCCCUGCAGACGUACCUUGGUGAGGCCGAGCAGGAAGAGGACGGACCCCUGCUUCUUCAUCAACACACGUCUCCUCGCGAGAGACGAGAAAUAAAGAGGAACAUCUACAAGAGCCGGCGAUGUCGCAUGGAGACCUGCUUCGAUUUCCAACGCUGCGAACGGGGGUUUAAAAUCUAUGUGUAUCCGCCUCAGAAAGGUGAAGUGCCCUCGGAAAGCUACCAGAAGAUUCUGGCAGCCAUCGAGGAAUCGCGGUUCUACACGACGGACCCUAAUGAGGCCUGUCUGUUUGUAUUGAGUAUAGACACUCUAGACAGGGACCAGCUGUCCUCUCAGUAUGUACAUAACGUCCGAGCCCGAAUUCAAAGCCUCCCUCUGUGGUACGAAGGGAGGAACCAUCUGAUUUUUAACUUGUAUUCUGGAACGUGGCCUGAUUAUACGGAGGAACUAGGCUUCGAUAUCGGCCAAGCCAUGCUGGCCAAGGCCAGCACCGACAUGGACAACUUUAGACCACGCUUUGAUGUGUCCAUCCCUUUGUUUUCAAAAGACCAUCCUCAGAAAGGAGGGAGCAAAGGUUAUCUGAAUCUUAACAAUGUCCCUCCCUUACGGAAAUACUUGCUGGUCUUCAAAGGGAAGAGGUAUCUAACUGGCAUCGGUUCUGAAACCAGAAAUGCGUUAUAUCAUAUACAUAAUGGGGAUGAUAUCAUUUUAUUGACUACCUGCAAACACGGGAAAGACUGGGAGAAACAUAAGGAUGCAAGGUGCGACAGAGACAAUGAAGAAUACACAAAGUUUGAUUAUCAAGAGCUGCUACACAACUCCAGUUUUUGCCUUGUUCCUCGGGGCAGGCGGCUCGGGUCCUUCCGCUUUCUAGAGGCCCUGCAGGCAGCCUGUAUUCCUGUGCUGCUGAGUAACGGAUGGGAGCUGCCCUUCUCAGAGGUCAUUGACUGGAGUAAAGCUGCCAUCAUUGGAGAUGAGAGAAUAUUGCUGCAGGUUCCAUCUAUCACCAGGUCUGUGGGUUCAGACAGAAUCCUGGCACUGCGGCAGCAGACUCAGUUCCUGUGGGACGCCUACUUCUCCUCCGUCACAAAAAUAGUCUUAACCACAUUAGAGAUUAUCCAUGACAGGAUACGGACACACAUGUCCCGGAGCAGGUUGAUGUGGAAUUCUUUGCCUGGAGGACUCUACGCUCUUCCUGAGUUCUCCAGCGACCUCACCCUCUUCCCCUUCUACUACUCGACACUCGGUAAGAGUCCGUCUCAGGAGUUUACAGCCGUCAUUCAAGCGGUCACACCUCUACAGUCCCAACAGCAGCCCAUAUUCAAACUGAUCCAUGCGGUCGCCAAGUCCAAGUUCUGUGUGCAGAUUUUAGUGCUGUGGAACUGUGAGAAGCCUCCACCACCUAGAAACAAGUGGCCCUCCAUCACAACACUCUUCUCUAUCAUUGAGGGCAAAAGAAAGAAACAGUUAGCCUGA